UGAUUUUUUUGAAUACGUAUUAUAAUAUUUUGAUUUGUGAUCACAGAAAACAGUAGCUUCAUAAUUGUAUCAAUAAAUAAACAAACAAACAUAUAAAAUAAAAUAAUAUUCCUAACCUUCAUUAUAUAUAUUAUAUUACUAAUUGUAUUUAAAUUUUAUUAUAAUGGUUGUUUUUUAUGGAUCAAUUGAAUUAAUAAUAUUGAUGAGAAUAUCAAAUAGUUUAUUAUUAUUAUUAAAUGGUACCUCAAAGGAAUUAGGAGAACCAUGGGAAGAUUAUGAUGAUCCGAUAUUGGGGAUCCCUAUUAAAUUUUCAAGCAUCGAAACAAAUAUAUCCAGUGUAAUGAAGAGCGAUAAAAAACUACCAUCCGAACCAGAUUACAAUCCAAUAUUAGGUGAACCUUUCAUCAAAUCGACAACAGAGUCAAUGAUUAAUCAAUUAUAUCUUUUAACUCAAGACAAUAAUUUAAAGGAAUCAUUUUUUUUAAAUUGGGAUUAUAAUAGAGCUAUUCUUGAUAUUGCAUAUUAUUUACGUUCCCAUAAAUUUAAUGAUUUCGAUCGCCGUUAUUACAAUAAUAUUAACGAUUAUGAAGAUACAGGUAAUCGAUUAUAUAAAGAAUUUACAAAACCACCAUUGAGAUCACUACAUUGGGAAGUUUAUAAAUAUUGCAAUGGAGGUUUCUUUCAAUGUCUUAAAUAUAUUGACAGUAUUGUUGAAAAAACAUCACCUAGACGUAUUGAUGAUACAACAUACGUAAUUAUUCAAAAUAACUGGAAUACAGUAACUCAUAGCGAACAAAUAAAUAUAACAGACAAUGAAUGUAAAUCUGCUCGUGAUAAAAAUUAUUCACCAUUUCAUGGACCUCUUGAACGUUUCCAAUGGCGCACAUCUAUUAGUUAUUACAUGUGUUGGUAUACAAUAAUAAAUAGACCAGAACUUAAGUACUUUAAUGAAUCUUGUGAUAAUUUUUCAAAUUGUCUUGAUGAGAAAUAUGGUACCAAUAAUAAAGACCCAAGAGCUAAUGAUGAUAUACCAUUUUCUUGUGCCUUUUACAGUUUUUGUCCCGAUCCUUGUUGUCCUUUGAGGCAUGUACUAAGUAUACAAGAUUGUGUCGAAAGUAAAUUCAACCCAUGUUCAAUUAAUUCUCAAGGAGAAUCUGGAAAUUGUUACUUUCCUUUUGAUAAAAAUUAUAAUUUAAAUUCAUUAAUAAAAAAUGAACUAAAUAUAACUUGUGAUUGCCAAGAUUCGGGUUACGAAUGGUCUUCAAAAUUUGGACUAUGCGUUGAUAUUGACGAAUGUUCAAAAAAACUUGAUAAUUGUUCACAUACAUCUAAUACAGUUUGCAUUAAUUUACCAGGAAGUUUUUAUUGUGCUUGUCAGCUCGGUUAUAUAUAUAAUAUAGAAACAGAAAGUUGUCAAGUGAAUUGGGGAUUUAAAAAAAUUUUAAUGCAAUCGUCAUUAAUUAUUAGUACGACUACGGAAAGUUUAUUUGAUAUCAUUGUUAAUACUUUAACUAAAAAAAUUGAUAUUUGGUAAAAAUGAUCAUUCGUUUUGGGUAAAAUUUUGAAAAGCUCUAAAAUAUUAGUAUUCUAACAUAUUGUCAUUAAUAAUAUCGUUCUUG